UUAAUUUAUGAAAAUGAUUGUUCAAAAAAUUUUUAAUGAAAACGAACUUAUUUAAUAUUAUAAAAAUUUUAAAUUUUAAAGUUAAAAUAAUUAUAAAUGAUCAAUAAUUGGCUGCUACCGACGGUGUCUAUAAAGCUGUCAAGCCACAGCACUGUUAGUUGCUACGGACUUUUGUUGCAGUGAUCAUGAUUGCAAAAGUAUAGCAACUUCGAUGGGUUGCUUUGUGAGCAAAAUCACUACUGAGGCGGAUCGUCGCACCGGCACUAAAGACGAUGAUAGAUCUAACUUACCUGCACCGCUACCUCAUCAGUCAAUAGAUCCGAUUGAAUCUCGCUAUGACGAUAUUCAAAGUCAUCCACCUGCAACGCUACGUCACCAGUUACGGGCUCUUGAUUCUUUUUAUAGCCAAUUUUCCGAUGAGGAAAAUCGAAACCUUGCACCUCCACCGCCACUUCAUCUCCGGCCACCGGUUCUAGAUCCGAUGGAAUCAAGCUCAUCUUCUGAUGAGGAGGAUCGAAGUCCAGAUCCGAUUGGAUCUGGCUCACCUAAUUCUAAUAAGGAGAGCGGAAUUGACGCAGCAGCCUCUGAGAAUGCUGAAAGAAAUAAGAUGGAGGAGUAUGGUUUUAAAGACCUGGCAGAGGCAACUGAUUAUUUCUCCAACAAUUGCCUGCUUGGGGAGGGAGGUUUUGGUCAAGUCUUCAAGGCAACCUUAGAUUGUGGAGAGGUUGCCAUUAAAAAACUUAAGAAAAUAAAUUUGGAGGAUAAAUUGGAGGAGGGCGAGUACCUUAGAUGUGUGAGUCACCCAAAUAUCGUCAAAAUGAUUGGGCACUGCAGUCAAGGAGCAGAUAGACUAUUGGUUUUAGAGUUUGUUCCCAAUCAUAACUUGGCAGAUCAUUUACACGUUGAAAAAACUAAGGUUUUGGAGUGGCCAGCAAGAAUGAAUAUUGCCAUACAAUCUGCAAAAGGAUUGCUAUAUCUACAUGAGUGUAAACCUAAAAUUAUACAUCGAGAUAUUAAAGCAGACAAUAUUCUUCUUGAUAAUGAUUUUCAACCAAAGGUUGCAGACUUUUCACUAGCAUACUUUUUGCCGAAUACUGGUAAUGUUAACCACAUUACUAGUGUAUUAAGGGGAACCAAUGUUUAUGCUGAUCCAGAAUAUGGUGAUAUUCAAAGAGUAUCGGAAAAGUCAGAUAUCUAUUCUUUUGGUGUUGUACUUUUAGAGUUAAUCACAGGAAGAAGACCAACAAAUGAACAAGGCGAUACUAUUAUUAAUUGGGCGAGAUAUCGGAUUGGACGAGCUCUGGAGAAUAACGAAUAUAAGGAUCUCGUUGAUUCCAAAUUGCAACAGGAGUAUGAUAAGGAGGAAAUGCUAAGAAUGGUUACGUGUGCUGCGGCUUCGGUAUAUAAACCUUCACGCUCUCGACCUACAAUGAAACAGAUAAUUAGAGUUCUUGAAGGAACUAUGUCUUAUAUGAAAAUAAUGAAACGGAAAGACAUUGAAACUUUACAAGGAAGGGCUACUACUGAUCUAGAAUCAAUACUUGGCGUUGAGAGGCUACAAAUAACUCCACAAAAGAUUUUUACUUAUAAAGAAUUAGCAAAGGCAACUGGUGGCUUUUCCAAUGUCAACCUCCUCGGCGAGGGUGGUUUCGGUCAAGUUUUUAAGGGAACACUUGCAUAUGGUGAAUUUGCUGCAAUUAAGAAGCUUAAACUUUCAUCUGACCAGGGCGAAAGUGAAUUUCUGACGGAGAUUACGACGCUUAACCGAGCUCAUCACAAACAUCUAGUGAAGCUGAUUGGAUAUUGCAGUGACAAAGCGAAUAGACUGCUUGUAUACGAGUUUGUUCCGAACGAGUCUUUGCGAUAUAUCUUACAUGAUCAAGACAGAGUGAUCAUCGAUUGGCCAACCAGAAUGAAAAUUGCUAUAGGUUCUGCAAAAGGAUUGGCAUAUUUACAUGAAAUCUGUAAUCCUAAAAUCAUACACAGGAAUAUCAAACCAGGCGAUAUACUUCUUGAUCAAAACUUUGAACCAAAGAUUUCAGAUUUUGGGCUUGCCAAGGAUUUGUCAAACUCUUAUACCCAUGUGACCACUAGGAUAGCCGGAACCUGGGGUUAUCUAUGCCCUGAAUAUGCCACAACUAACCAGCUCAGUGACAAGUCGGAUGUAUAUUCCUUCGGGGUGGUGCUUCUGGAGUUACUUACUGGGAAACAAGCUAUCCUCAGGGAGCGCGAUGUUUUCACCGCGCACAUAAUUAAUUGGGUAGCGCCUCGUUUAAAACAAGCUUUGGACACCCAUAAUUAUAAUGAUAUUGUUGAUACCAAAUUGCAGAACAAUUAUAAAAUAAUAGAAGUGAUUAGAAUGAUUCAUUGUGCCGCAGCCUGUGUCUAUAAACCUGUAAAUUAUCGCCCAAAAAUGAGCCAGAUUGUUGAAGUCCUACAGGGAAAUUUGGCAUCUGAAAGUAUAUGGCUAAAUAGUGACAACGCUUUCCUUCAAGAUGCCUAUCAACUGCAUUAGCCCUUGAUGGAAAUCUUACAUUUAUCUCUAUCCAAUUAAAGGGUGGUUAAGGUCUGCGGACCAAAACAAUCCUCGCCCUUGGCUGCAAUUUUAUAUAUCCAAUUCCCUUUUUGUAUGUCGACAUCUUCAUCAAUGUAAUUCUCACCCUCCUUAGGCUCCAAAUUUUCCCCCAAAAUCCUUCGGAUCUCACAUUAAAAGGUGUCAGUGUGUAUAUAGGAAUUAUAUAGAGUCCAGAACCCUCGUUAGAAUCGCCAUAGCUUUAAUUUGUGAUACUAUUCUAUUCCUAAUCUAUAUGUGCAUUCUAUUUGCUAAAAGACGGAAUCAUUCAGAUCUCACAUUAAAAUAUGUGAAUGUGUAUAUAGGGUUUGUACAGGCUAAAGAACUCUCGUUAGAUUCAUCGUGGUUUUAACUUGUAGUCCAGUUUAGUUUUCACUCUCUAUCUACGUGUAUUUUAUUUAUCAAAAGAAAAAAAUACUUCCCUUCUA